CCCCUCCGUUGGGCGCCAUGCUGAAGCAGCCGCCGCCCCCUUCCCCCCCAAGCCCCAACGGCGGCCUCAGCCCCGGGGGGGGGCGAGGGGGAGGCCUCAGGAGCCAGAGCACAGGGAAGGCCCCCCCCCAAGUGCCGGUGUUCGAGGGGGUUUAUAACAACUCAAGGAUGCUGCACGUGCUGACGGCGGCCGUGGGCUCCACGUGCGAGGUCACCGUCCGAAGCGGCAGCUCCUUCGAGGGCAUCUUCAAGACCCUGAGCUCCAAACUGGAGGUAGCCCUGGACGCCGUCCACCGGCGCCCCCCCCCGGCGCCCCCCGGCGCCCCCCGGCGCGAGGACAUCGUGGACACCAUGAUCUUCCGGCCACGUGACCUGGUCCUGCUGCGCCUGCGCGACGUCGACAUGGCCUUCACCUGCAGGGGCAGGUUCCCGGAGCCGGGGCUGCGCCUCAAUGGGCAGCACCGGGAGAAGCCGCUGCAGCGCUGGGAGGGCGGCGACGGCGCCUGCGACGAGUACGACCUGGACUCAGACCUGUCCAACGGCUGGGACCCCAACGAGAUGUUCCGCUUCAACGAGGAGACCUACGGCGUGCGCAGCACCUACGACAGCAGCCUGGCCGCCUACACGGUGCCCCUGGAGAAGCAGAACUCGGCGGCGUUCCGGCAGCGGGAGGCGCGCGCCGCGCUGGCGCGGGAAAUCGAGGGCAGCCCCCAGCACCGCCUGCGUGCGGCCGCCGAGGAGCACGAGGAGGGGCCCGAGGAGCGCCCGGCGCGGAGGUGGGGCCGAAACGACCCCAAAUUGGGUGAGAUCGACCCCAAAUUGGGUGAGAUCGACCCAAAAUUGGGCGAGAUCGACCCCAAAUUGGGCGAGAUCGACCCCAAAUUGGGCGAGAUCGACCCCAAAUUGGGUGAGAUCGACCCCAAAUUGGGUGAGAUCGACCCCAAAUUGGGCGAGAUCGACCCCAAAUUGGGUGAGAUCGACCCAAAAUUGGGCGAGGUCGACCCAAAAUUGGGCGAGAUCGACCCCAAAUUGGGUGAGAUCGACCCAAAAUUGGGCGAGAUCGACCCCAAAUUGGGCGAGAUCGACCCCAAAUUGGGCGAGAUCGACCCCAAAUUGGGCGAGAUCGACCCCAAAUUGGGUGAGAUCGACCCCAAAUUGGGCGAGAUCGACCCCAAAUUGGGCGAGAUCGACCCCAAAUUGGGCGAGAUCGACCCAAAAUUGGGCGAGAUCGACCCCAAAUUGGGCGAGAUCGACCCCAAAUUGGGUGAGAUCGACCCCAAAUUGGAUGAGAUCGACCCCAAAUUGGGUGAGAUCGACCCCAAAAUUGGCAAGAUCGAUCCCAAAUUGGGCAAGAUUGACCCAAAAUUGGGCGAAAUUGACCCAAAAUUGGGCAAGAUUGACCCAAAAUUGGGCAAGAUCGACCCAAAAUUGGGCGAAAUUGACCCAAAAUUGGGCAAGAUCAACCCAAAAUUGGGCAAGGAUCAACCCAAAAUUGGGCAGGAUCGACCCAAAAUUGGACAAGAUCGAACACAGAUUGGGCGAGAUCGACCCCAAAUUGGGGACCCCAAGUUCCCGCCCCUCCCCCAACGCCCGCGGGGGGGGCUCCGCUGCUCCUCAAGGGGGGGAGGGGGCCCCCCCCCCACCCCGGAGCCGGGGGUCAAUGGAGGCCCCUCCCCCAAGGCCCAGCGACCCCCCCGGGGGGGGAAGGGCAGCGGAGGGGGGUGCCCAUCCCCCACCCCUGGUCCGUCAGAGCAGCAGCGGAACCAAUUGGAGGAGCUGAGGAAGUUUGGGGCCCAGUUUAAGCUCCAGCCCAGCAGCGCCCCCCAGGACCCCCCCUCGGAGCCCCUCCCCCCGCCUCGCAGCGGCCCCUCCCCCCAGGAGGACCCCCCCGAAGCCCAGGGCGGGGGGGGUGGGGGCGGGGCCGGGACCCCCCCGGGGACCCCCCAGGACAAGGACGAGCAGGUGAAGAAGUCGACGCUGAACCCCAAUGCCAAGGAGUUCAACCCCUCCAAGCCCCUAUUGGCUGUGCCGCUGCCCCCGCCCUCCUCGCCGGGGCCCCGCCUCCACCCCUCCCCCACCCUGGGGGUCAUGACCCCGCCGGGGGCGGGCAUCUAUGCCCCUCCCCCGCCCUAUAUCUCCUAUAUCCCCCAGCUGCACGUGCAGCCCCUCCCCCGCUUUCUGUUUCAGGCCCCCCAAAUGUACCCGUACCCCGUGGCCACCGCCCCCCAGGGCAAAUACAGGGGGGGUAAAGGUCAGUGGUUCCCUCCCCCCGCCGCCGCCGCGCUCGGAGCAGCCUCACGCCCCUCCCCCCCCCGCCCCUCCCCCAUCGGCCUCUGCCCCUGCCCCCCCUCCCUUGGUGCCUGUGGCCGCCCCUCCCCCCCGCCCCCUCCCCCCCAUUACUCCCAGUACAUCUCCUAUGGGCCCCCCCAGGCCUUCGGGGGGGGGCAGGCGCUCGUGCAGCCCCUCCCCCACUACCCGUCCCAGGCUGUGUUUGCACCGCUGCUCCCCGGCAGCCCCCGCCUGCACCCCUCCCCCACCCUGGUGUCCUCUGCCGCCCCUCCCCCACCCCAGUUCCCCCCCGGCGACCAAUCAGGAGCCCCGCAGGCCCUGUACGCCGCCGUCCAUCAGCCCUUCCCCCCCCCAACGCCGGCCGGGAACCCCCCGCCCGCCCCCCCAAGCCAGGGAGGGCAGCAGCCGCCAUUGUUCCCCCCCGCCCCUCCCCCCCCCGGCGCCCCCUCCCCCCAGAGCAGCUUCGCCCAACCCCCCCCGGCCCCUCCCCCCACCCCCCCCGCUCCUUCCGCCCCUCCCCCCAGCGCCGCUGCUGCCGCCGCCGCCGUCUACGCCCUUCACCAGAGCCUGACCCACGGCUAUGGGGUGGCGCAUGUGGGGCAGGCCCACGUGCAGACGGGGCUGGCGGCCGCCCCUCCCCCCCCUCACCCCGGCGCCGCCCAUCCCCCCCAGGUGAUGCUGCUGCACCAGAGCCAUGGGGGGGGCAGGGGGGAGGCGGCGUCACCCCCCGGGCCCUUCCCCUACAUCAGCCACCACCAAGGUGAGUGA